AGCAGUUCUUGGUUUCUUUACCACCACAAUUCUUCCAGUUUUCAACACUUGGUAGAGUUGCCAUAAAGGACAAUCAUGUCCUCUUUCUUCUCAGUCCCAGCGUCUCAGAGGAAGCGGAAGAGACCUGAGGGUGCAACAUCAAAGCCGUCGAGAAAACAGCCACGAAAUGUUUCUCCAUCGCGGUCUAAGCGAGCACGAGAUCCUGCAGGUCGAGACGAAUCGAUAUCCGGCAGCGAGUCAGACUUGUCCGGUGCAGAUGAUGGAGCAGCCGAGUAUGAAUCAAGCGUGUCAGACUCGGAGAUCGAGGGCGAAACUGCUGCAGAACGUCGCCUUCGUCUGGCGGAACGGUACUUGGAAAACAUCAAGCAGGAGGUGGAAACUACCGGAGUCGGAUUCGAUGCCGAGGACGUUGAUAGAGACCUGAUCGCCGAUCGGUUGAAGGAAGACGUCGCGGGAACGAAGGGGAAGAUUUACAAGUUUGUGGCGAACGAGUUGGACAUCGAGGGUGCCUCGCAUAUGUUCUUUCGACACGACAACCAAGCUGUAUUGUCAGUCAGCGCACAUCCACCAUACAUAUAUGCGACUCGAAAGGAUGGCAGCGUGGUGAAGUGGGAAUUACCGUCCAACCCUCCGGCAGAAAAGCAACAGUCCAACAUGACCCCACGCCGUCGACCGAUCAAGCGGAUAUGUGGCAAAGGCCGCGUGAUCAAGCCCGAGGCUUCCGAAACCUCGAAACCGGCGAAAUCCACCUUCCUAGGACACAAAGCUGCAAUUGUGUGCAGUGCCAUCUCCCCUUCAGGAGAAUUCCUUGCAACGGGAGGCAUGGACAACAAAUUGGUCAUCUGGUCCACCAAGAACCUACGACCGAUCAAAGUCUUCUCGCAACAUCGCGAUUCCGUUACUGGUCUGGCUUUCCGACAAACGAUAUCCAACGCGCAACAAUCGGCCGGCGGUCCCCGCAGUACCGGCGGCGAAACUCUCUACAGCUCCUCCGCGGAUCGGACGCUGAAAGUGUGGAACGUCAGCCAACAGUCCUCCGGAUACAUUGAAACAUUGUUCGGGCACCAAGAUGUCAUCAUGGAUGUGGAUGCACCUGCCAUUGAACGGUGCGUUAGCGUUGGUGCGAGAGACAGGACUGCACGACUAUGGAAAGUCGCAGAAGAGUCUCAGCUCGUGUUUCGAGGGGGUGGAGUGGGAGCGAUUCCAAAGCCUGGCAAACUGAAGGCACAAAAUAUCGAGCUUGCCCCGGAGCUGCUGGAGAAAGUGGAAUCGGCCAAGGAGCACCACGAAGGGAGCAUCGACCGAGUCACUAUUCUCGACAACGAACUCUUCGUGACGGGCGCAGACAACGGAGCCAUCUCCUUAUGGAGCAUUCACAAGAAGAAGGCGCUGUAUACUUAUCCUCUUGCACACGGUCUGGAUCCGCCGAUCACAGCCGAGGAGUAUUAUGUAGAGGAAGAUCCCAAGGAGAAGGCCAGAGAAGUUUCGGGGUCCGCGGAAGUACCCGUGAAGCAAGCACCGAGGGGAAUCACCGCAUUAAAAGCGUUGCCACUCAGCGACGUAUUUGUCACCGGCAGCUGGGAUGGAUUCGUUCGAGCUUGGAAGAUCCGUGGGGACCGAAGAGGGUUUGAUCCGGUUGGGAUCGUUGGAACGCCUCGCACCCUUUCCAUCAAUGCUCCAACACCUGCAACGGACGCGGAUUCCGGUGAUGAGGACAAAGUAGUUGUCCUUGGAUCUUCGCCACCAGCCGACCCGAGGAUUGUUCAUGGGCUUGUUACCGAUCUGGCGGUAUUCGAGCAAGGCGAUCGGAAUGAGGAGAGCUUGUUCAUUGUGGCCUCGGUUGCCAAGGAGCAGAGGAUGGGGAGGUGGCACAGUUAUGGGACUGGAGUGGGACGGCAGAGGAUUGAUGGGAAGAAUGGUUGCAUGAUUUUUGAGGUUGGGAGGCACCAGAAGUCAGAUCUUGUGAAUCAUUGAAAUUAGCAAUGGCUGUACCGCAGCUACCUGUAUAUAAGCGCGUUUGAAUGAAUACUGAUACCAUGUACUUCCUCCGGACUCCAACCCCAGCUAGCGAUAUAAAUCGCAUGUUGAAACUAGAUAUAUUUGCUGUAGUUAGGGAACAGAUUUCAACAUAAAUUAAACAUAUUUGCCG